CAGCCUAAUCAUCAUCCACGUCUGUGUUCCAUCAGUCUCACCAUCGUCUUCCCCUGGGCUGCGCCUUGGUCUGUUUUCUGCUCGUUCUUGGAUUUUUGGCUGCAGUGACGGUCUGCAGUUGUUUCGAUGAUCCAGCUCAUCGAUACCUCAUGGUUCUUACGUGUUUCUUACUGCCCUAUACUCGCCGCCCCCGCCUUGCGUAAUUUAAUCUCUCGUCACUAUAUUAUUGCAUCCAAAUAAUGUCAGGAAACUACGACUAUCCACCCGCCUCUCGACGCUCUUCUCGUUCCAACAAUAAUGCGGCCAGAUUACAACAUCUUCGGGCUCUCUUAACUUCUGAACGGAACCUGGAUAAUCAUAGCACAGCCCGUGCAUGGGAGACACUCAAUCGAGAGCUUGAAGAGCACCGCGCUGAUCGAGACCGGUCCACUUUUGAGCAGGCCAGAGCGGUAGUGGAUCGACGGCUCCGGCAACUUCAAACAGAUUUGGGCAAUAGCGACCAUCGGCCCCGCCGGCUGGCGUCGGGCCAGGAAUAUACAAGGCACCCUCCCGUAACGGUGAACUUGGCGAGCAUGAACCAGGACACCACGUCCUCGGACUCAACCAUUUCGAACACUAGGCCGUCGAGACGGCGUCCCAUGAGGACAGGCGAACGGGCACAGAACUCCCAGCAAUUUCCUCUGCAGGGCAGAGUUCGUGAUUCCGGUUUGAAUCACCUCCUCGACCAGCCGAUUCCUCGCCUUGAGUCGUCAACGGUCUUGCCGCCAAGCAUGGAAAGUGAUCGGGACCUGAAUCGUUGGAGAGCCAAGCGCCGAAAACUCGAAUCAGAUGACUCUAGAGAAGGCCUUCGGAGUUUCAACUAUGGCCAAUAUGGGCAAGUGGUGUCGGGUCCCCUGAAGAUGGAGAUUGUCAGUUGUGAUGGAGGUACUUAUGAGCAUGAUGGUGAACGUUCCUGGCCGGAAAACGUUCUCCGCAACGACUCUGCUGUCUACUGUACAAAAUCUGAUCGAUGCAAUCUCGUUUUACGGCAUCGCGGGGAGGCCCCAUUCUGCCUCCGCAAACUCAUCAUCAAGGCUCCCAAGACCGGGUUCGAUGCUCCGAUUCAAGAAGGAAUGAUUUUUGUUUCCAUGUCAUCUGACGAACUCUUGGCUCGCACGGCACAAUAUCAGAUCCAAUACUCGGCUACUGCUCGAAGCCGUCGCCGAAACCGAAGAACGAACAUAUCUCCAUCUCAAGAGUACAUGAGUGGUUUCCGGCCACCUCUACAAUCAUUGGAGCGGACGAUUCUGGCAGGUCCCGGUCUUCAUUCGGAUUCGGAGAACGAUUCCCCCGCCGUUUCAGGCCUCCAUACCUCGGACACCUCCGGUCAAAUCGCGGAUUUCCAAGUAACCACUGAAUACGAUAAUCAUUCAGAUGCAGGCGAAAAUGAUACUCUGGAGGAUGCUGAGGAUGAUAACCAUUCAAUUGCCCAACUCGAUAGAAUCCAGCUGGAGCAGCUAGAGGAUGAUCUGCUCUGCCCGGAGAGCGACGAGAGCACUAGCGAGGACGAUGAAGCGCGUGCUGAACGAAAUCACCAACGGUUCACACUAGGCAGGCGUUUGAUAGCUGCUGGCCACCUUGACAGCUUGAUUGAUAUUGACCCUAUUCCCCGACGACGCCAGAUUCCCAGUCUGAUUGAGCCCCUCAGUUCUGUAGGACAGCCAGUAGAGAUGUCUAUGGACUCAACAGAGGUCCUAAAGCCCCAUGCCCGGUUUUUUAUCAAGCGGGAGAAGAGCAUGGUCAGCAUCAAAUUUGACCCUCCUCCCUCCGGAAGGUUCAUUUUGAUCAAAUUAUGGAGCCCUCAUAGUGGAGGUAACAUUGAUAUCCAAAGUAUCAUAGCGCAUGGCUUUGCUGGACCACGUUUCUUUCCUGCCACUUCUGUCAGAUAGCCAGAGACAGGCUAGCUUGAUCUGAUGAAAACCACGCAAUUGGUAUCAGCAUGUGAUUGAUUAGGCUUUUGCCUUUUAAGUCUCUUUCUGUUCCCUCACUUUUUUCUGGUCUACAUCUUUAAGCUUAUCGAGCACUAUGGAUGGAGUAUCGGCUGGAUCGUCUUUGGAAGCGAGGUCCCUAGCAAGAUUCUGGAAGUACACUCGGGUAUCGCCACAUCUUGAUAACAUAUGCCU